AUGGCGUCUUCGUGCUACUUCGGCCUGCUCGUAGCCAGUGGUUACGGAUUUUCCCACUUCGCACACUCACUUCACUCCGAAAUUCUCUUCAGCGGCUCUAGCUACUACGAGCUCAGCGGUAUCACGUUGGUCUGGUUCGCGACACUACUAGCAGCCUCCUUCUACCGCGCCUCAUUCAAGUCCCGGUACCUGCGAAAGGCCAUCAUCGCCGGCAUCAGCAUCAUCGUCAACGUCCAAUUUGUCUUCAUGGGCAUCGGUUUCAUAUACUACAGUGCUUGGGAGAUACAUGAGUACAACUCAUACGUAUUAUCGGCCUCCGACCCCAACGAUCACACCAAACCAGUCAUUAUCAACAACGGCUCGGAUGAUGUACAGGACGCGCUGGACGACACCGCACUCGGGCAUCGCAUUACAAUCUCGCGGGCGGAAUUGGCGUUUGUGGUUCUCAGCUGUGUCUUCUCCUUGAUGCUCAUCGUCCUGGAUGUCUUCCGCGUGGUGAUCAACGGCACCAAAUUAGGCCACUGUACUUCCAACGGCGCUUACGCAUAG